AUGCCAGUACUACGAGCUGAUAGGCUAAAGAAAUUGUACGGCGUGCGACUGAACGAGGAGAUCACGUUGGUUCAACAGCAUAUUGUCGUGGAUGACGGACGGAGUCCAGACGGACAUCGAUCGCAGGUCCGCCCAACCGCACUUGCUGCACAACGAGAACGCCGUCGUGCGUUCGGUCCACUCGUUGUACAUGUACUUUUACAUCCAUUCGAUUCACCAUCGCUGUUUGGAAAAGCUCUACGAUCCAUCACAAAAUUCCUAGCUGUCAUUGCCGUUGCUUAG